AUGAAAAAAACUAAAAGAGGGGCAGAGGCAGGCAGAAGUGAAGCUCAGACCGAAGAGUAUAAUGACUCCGAAAAUUCUACGAUAAAUACGGCCUCUGACGCAGAUUUCGUCGCUGAAGAAAGCAAUGUCUGUGACACUUGUCCAGAAAACAAAGACGUUUACGACACUCAUACAGAAAUAAUUGCAGAAGAAAGAAAAAAAACAGAAAGCAGCAUCACCAAAUUAGAAGGUAGACGAAUAGUGGACAUCAAUUCGUUUAUUGUGCAAAUUCAACAAAUCGAUGACCACUUACCAUUUCAUUGCGGUUUUAAAGAUAUGGUAGUAGUGAAAGAACGAAGAAUAGGAUUAAAUUCGUGUAUAACAUUGAAGUGUAAAAUGUGCAAUGAAAAGAAAUCACUGUGGACAAAUUUUUCAAACGAAAACACCAUGGAUGUGAAUACAUCAGCAGUUUCCGGUACAAUCAGCACAGGAGGAGGACAUGCACAGCUGGAAGAGGUUAUGUCAUCCCUAGACAUUCCCUGCAUGACCUACCACACCUUUAGGAAGUAUCAUGACCGAGUAGCUGAAGCCUGGAAGGAAACCGCCGCAAAAUCAAUGGAGAUGGCAGCAGAAGAAGAAAAGCGGGAAGCGAUCAAAAGGGGAGACGUUGAUAGUGAUGGAGUACCUUUAUUGACUGUUGUUGCGGAUGGCUGUUGGGCGAAGCGCUCCUAUCGUACCAACUAUAAUUCCCUCUCUGGUGUGGUAAGUCUACUUAUUAUUUAUUAUUAUUUAUCCAGCAAUUGCAAUAAAACAAAUAAAUUACAGAUAUCCUAAAUGAGAACAUUCAAUUUUACAA